AUGCCAUCCGGUUUUCACCGUUUGACCUACACGAUCAAGGUCACGUCACGCAACCUUUUUUUCGUCAAGUAUUAGUCUAUUUUUUCUGAUUUGAAAUGCGAGAUGGGUGGGUUGGCUAGAGGGAAGCGUUGCGUAUGCGUCGCGGCUUUUCGCGCGGAACUCGAGGAAGAAAAAAAGGGGACUCGCAUUUGACUCUGAGCUCCCCACGGAGAAGCCGCGUCGCGUACGCAACGCGUCACCCCUGCCAAUCUAUCUAUCUCUCCUUUCAAGUCGGGAAGGAUUAAUUACAGAUUGGCAGAGUGAAGCGUUGCGCAUGCGUCGCGGCUUUUUGCGAGGAACUCAAAGAAGAAAAAAAAGAGAAGGGGGCUCGCAUUUGGCUAAGAGCUCCCCGCCGUAAAGCCGCGUCUCCGCCCUACAGUACCUUUUCGUGUCGAUCACUUAUCGCGAAAGCUUCUAUGAUCCUUUAAUAGCGCUACUGUGUUCAAUGUUUUUUAAUCAAACAGCUUCAAAAAAAAUCCUUAAAUGCAGCGCUAUUAAAGGAUCAUCGUCAAUAAAACAUCGAAGCGAAAGAUACUGUAGCCACGGGCGGCUCACAACCAAAACUGACUAUUUAGAGAAAUAGUUCAUUUUGCGAGGCGUGAAACUCGUUACAUUUUCUCUAGAAAACUAAAAACUUCAAAAAGACAUAAAUUCUAGCUCCCACAAAAUAAACAUAUGUAUAGUCCAUUUCUUGUGGGUUUGAAAGGAUUUCUCUGCACCCUCCUCGUCUCUCAGCGACCAUCUCGAGAUGACGUGCUAUUUUCAUGUUUCUCUGACCUCCCCGGCGAGAGAACAGAGAGAAAACCCUCAAGUCGUGGUGGACGGACUAUAGAGAAAAAAUCUUGAAAAGGCAAAAAAAAAAAUUUAUUUUCAAAGCACAUAUAGAUUUAUUUUAAAAGUCUUUUCGAAGUAAAAUAUUAUGAAAACCAUUGUGUAACUACUAGACAUAAAACUUUGAGAAAUGGGAGCCAAAUAGUGAUUCAUAACAAAAAGAACUUCCACAGCAACCAAAACCUUGCAUUUUUCAGUUCGAAAUGCUCCGAAUUUCGCUGCUUCUCCUUUCCUUUACUCCUUUUUGUAACGGUCAGCAAAAAUAUUUUAUUUGAAGUCAAAAAAUAAUAUCCAUAAUCCAGGCUAUACCUACGCGAAACUCUUCGCCUACGACACGAUAAAUGUACCAGAUUACCCGGCAACGGCGAGUGAGGAAGAUUCGAAACAAAAAUGCGAUAUGUACAGAGACUGCUCAGUAAGACUUUUUUCGAAGUUUCUGAGCGAAAUUCUUUUCACAUCUUUGAUAGAGCAGAAAAGACUCUUUUUUGAGCUACACCUCAUGAGAAUUUUAAAAAAAUGUAUAAUUUCACAAACGAAAAAUAAAAUCUCUUCGACCGAUUUACUGUUUUGAGUGGAUCCAAGUUUCCUUUACAUAAUAUCCAAUAAAAAAUAAUCUAGCGGAAACGGACAAAAUAUCUGAAAAUGUGACCUUCUUUGGAGCGACAGAGUGGUCCCUAGAGGGCCUUCGGGUUGGUUGAAAAAAGGUAAAGUGGUUUAGAACACUAAACGUUCCAAAAGAGGCCUCUAUAGGGGUUUCAGUUAGUGGCCACUCUAGGGUAUCAUGCAUGUUCACCUAUAUGAAGCAUUUUCAUGCGAAUGGCGUUUUUCGAAUGAAAAAUAUCGAUAGAGGAUCAAUCGUUCAAUUUUUAUUAAAUAAGUACUUUGAACUAUCCAGAAGACUUCUAUAGGGACCUCUUAAGCUUUAAGGGGGGCUAGAUAUCAAGCCACUAUAGGGACCACUCUGGCGUUCAAAAAAAAAAAAACCCAGCUUUCAAAGAGAAAAAAUGUUUACAGGGCUACUCAACAACCCAAAGGUCGGAAAACUUUUUCUUCUUGUUCAAUGAGAAUCCUGUACUUGUUUUUCAAAUGCUCGACCGGAAUGAGCUCGUCAGGAACGCCAAUAAUAAAUCAAUCGUAUUUCUGAAAAUCGGAAAAUCUCUAACAACAUGUCCAGAAAUGAUCUACGACAUCGAAAUGGUAUUGUAAAGAAUGUUUCUUGCUAAUCAAUUUCUUCAUCAUUUUUCUUGCUCAGACGUGGAGCGAAUGGACUUGUUGUGGAAAAAAGAGGUGCGGAAUGUUCGGUACCUCUUGUCGCUGGAAGUGGACGUAUGAUCAAUCGAGCUAUUGGUAGGAUCUCAAUAUACAUCUGAGAACCUCCAAUCUCAAAAAGAAGAGGACAAGGCCGCCGAUUACAAGAGCUCCGUCCAAACUUUGUCCCGGUCCGCAAUAUGCCGUCGCGUGUACGUAACGUGUAUGCAGACUCCAUUUUUUUUUUCGCGCGUCAUUUUUCUUGGAGCGAAAGAGUGGUCCCUAGAGAUGCUAGCAAAAAAAUAUGCUCCCUGGAGAGCUAUAUUUAGGUGGUCUUUAUAGGGGUUUAGGCUCUGGGAAAGGAACAGAAAAAGAUUAAAGGUUCCCUAGAGUGACCGAUUUUUCUGCCUUUCUCCGGAAUCUACCAAAAGGCGCGAAAAUUUUUCGGAUGAUGAACUAGUACACGAUUUUUGAACAACGAUAGAAAAAAAACGGCGUAGAAAAAAAAAUGAUGUCUGCAUACACGCGACGGCGUAUUGCGGACCGGCCCCAAUUUGAACGGCGCUCUUGGAAAAAUAAUAUUCUAGAAUUGGAAAUCGAAUUUCGAAAAUAGUUUCGAAUUUGGAAAAAAAAGUUUCGAAAACCUCCACGAAAUUUGCAAUGAGAAUACACUAAGAAUAACUGCCGAGAUAAACGCGAGACACUGGCGGUACAUUGACGAGCUCGCAAACAUCUCGCUUUUUUUCUCGCGCCGGUCUCGCAUUUUUCUGGGCGCGAGCUCGCAUUUUUCUAGGCGCGAGCUCGCAUUUCUCUCGCAAUUUGAAAAUUUCCGAAAUGCAAGAUAAAUGCGAGAUGGCGUCGUGAAAAAUGCGAGGUCGCGCCGAGAGAAAUGCUGGAUCGCGCCUAGAAAAAAGCGACAUUUUUGCGAGUUAGUCAAUGUACCGCCACCGAGCUCGCAUUUAUCUUGUCAGUUAUUCUUAGUGUAGGUUCGUGUGGAAAACUUCUUUUUUUUUUCUUAAAUUUGCCGACUUUGUCCCGUGGAGCGUACUUUUGAAAAAGUCGUCACAUAGUUUUGCAAAACCUCUUUGCUCAUUUGGCCUUUUUUUCAUACUCGGACCUUGGUAACGCGAACGGGACGCGAAUCGGACGUGUCGGGGCAUUUCUAGUGACCACUUUAGUAGCCUUAACGCUCUUAAGUGAUCCCUUGAAUCGCCCAGAAACGUCCGGAGCACGUCCGUUUCGCGUUACCAAUGUCCGAGUACAUCCAAGAAUGCUAGACAUUUUUUAAAAUGAAAAAAGGGCGUUUUUGAUCAUUCACGUGGAGUAAAUGAUUCAUUUCGGAAGUUUUGGAAAAAGUUAGUAUUUCCAGAAAAAAAAAUAAUUUUUUGAGGGUCAUCACUAAGGAGGACCCGACGCCUUGUGGGACAACUCAACCUUGUCCGAACUCACCGGAAUGCCGCGACGGCUUCGAACUCAAAGACGGAUUUUGCGACGCCAUUUGA